UAUGGGUUUAUAACAGAUAAAUGAGGAAUAUUUGUACAAACUGAAACAACGGUCCUAGUGGCACUUAACACUCAAUCUUCAUAAAAGUUUACAAGCUUCUUUAGCAUCAUGUCACAUGCGCUAAAUUCAUAAUUUCAUGAAGUUUGGUUUAGGAAUUAUGAGUAUAUCUGGUCCUGCACAUAGCCAUCUAAACACUAAAGCUCAAAUUCUUCAGAUAGUUAUUGAUUUAGGACGUCCAGAGACUUCUACUUCACUAGUUUUAGUAAAGCAAAAAAAAAAACUAGGACUAGUUCAAAAAAGUAGUUAUGCAAGUAAUCUCAAACAUUUACUGCGAACUUUUUUGUGAAGAAGGACUUACUGUUAUGGGGAUUAGCCAAUCAGCGGCUUCGUUUCGGGGUCACAGAGAGAACACAGUUUUAGCGCUAACAGUUUUAGUUUCGUUUUGAGUUGGUUGUGAGAUUGGCCGGUAAACGCAUUGUAGAAUUUACUGAGGUGAAUAGAUGUCUUCCAUGUCAAUAUCUGUGCAUGUGUGCGUUCAGAGACAUAACCACACACACCUACUGUACGUACAUGAAGACAGAUAAUCCUCUGCUGAGUGUCAAUAAAACCAUCAAAGAGAUUUACAGCAUCCAAUUGCAUUCUUAAAAUGGGAGAAAGCUUACGGUUCAGUUGCGUACCUUCGUACAGAGGGUUCAGGUGGUAAGGUGGAGGUGGCCUUUCUGACUGCACGGUCGAGAGUGGCCCCCAAGCGCCAACAGUCGAUACCUCGAUUAGAGCUGUGUGCAGCGGUGACUGGAGCUCAGCUAGCAGUGCUGUUGCAGCGUGAACUCACCCUGGUAAUACAUGGAGUGGUGCUUUGGACAGACUCCACCACGGUUCUCACGUGGCUUCAGUCAGACUCUUGCAGGUUUAAGGUGUUUGUGGGCACCAGAGUCGCUGAGAUCCAGGAGCUGACUGAUGCUCAAGCAUGGAGGUAUGUGGAUUCUGAAAGUAAUCCCGCAGAUGACAUUACGCGCGGGAAGACCCUGAGGGAGCUGGCAGGGGAGAGCCGGUGGAACCAUGGCCCAGCCUUUUUGCGCCUGUCACCUCAGCAAUGGCCUACUAAGCCACAGGCUGAGCAGUUGGAUGCCACAGAGCUUCGCAAGGCCACAUUUUGCGGCUCCAUCAUCACCGUUCCUCUUCCACCCUUAUUUGAUGCCAGCCAAUUCAAUGGUUUCAGGGACAUGAUCGAGGCAAUUGUGAGGUUCCGCCAUGGGGCGGCAGGUAGUCAGUCAAUGCCAUCUGCACAAGACUAUCAGGAUGCUGAGAUAGACCUACUGAGACGAGUUCAGUUAGACUGCUUUGAGGAAGACUUUCAACACCUUUCAGAAAGAAAACCCGUCCCUUCCACCAGCCGUUUGAUUACAUUAGCUCCUGAAUAUGAUGAUCAACUGAAGCUGAUUCGGGUUGGAGGCAGAUUGCGUCAGACUACCUUGCUGGACACAGAAGCCAUUCAUCCCAUAGUUCUGGAUCCAGCUCACCAGGUGACUAAACUUAUCAUUCAAGAUGCUGACCGAGACCUCCAUCAUCCAGGCUCAGAGCGAUUAUUUGCAGAACUUCGCAGACGAUACUGGAUUCUUCGUGGAAGAGAAGCUGUGAAGCGGCACCAGUUCUCCUGUCCUGAUUGUCGGAGAUGGAGAGCGAAGCCUGCAGUGCCACAAAUGGCAGACUUACCUCCCGCCCGUCUGCGGUUGAUGAAGCCUCCUUACUUCUCUACCGGAAUGGAUUGUUUCGGGCCCUUCACGGUCAAAAUCGGACGGCGUAAUGAGAAACGUUGGGGUAUACUAUUUAAGUGCCUCACUACCCGAGCAGUCCAUAUCGACGUCCUGACUAGUCUCGACCAGGAUUCCUUCCUGAUGGCCCUCCGCAGAUUUAUCUCACGCAGGGGAAAACCAGCGGAGCUUCUGUCGGAUCAGGGCACGAAUUUCAGAGGAGGUGAGAGGGAAAUCCAUGAAUCUUUCAAGGCACUGCACCCCACUUUACAGGCAGAACUGGCCAAACAUCAGAUCCAGUUUAGAUUUAACCCUCCAAGUGCCCCUCACUUUGGUGGUGCAUGGGAGAGGGAAAUUAAAUCUAUCAAAGCUGCCCUGUAUGCAACAAUUCAGAUGCAGACGGUGACAGAAGAAGUCCUGCGCACGGUCCUGAUUGAGAUCGAGGGCAUCCUAAACUCUAAGCCCUUGGGGUAUGUGUCCAGUGACGUCGCGGACCCUGAUCCAGUAACCCCCAAUUUGCUUGUGAUGGGGCGGCCCGACCCCUCACUGCCCCAGGUGUUGUGUCCUGAGUCCGAGCUGUUGAGCCGCCGCCGCUGGAGGCAUACACAGGUCCUUGCCGACCAAUUUUGGAGGGCAUUUAUCAGGCACUAUCUGCCGGCCCUGCAAACGCGCACCAAGUGGCAGAAAGAUGUGGCCCCAUUACAACCUGGUACUGUCGUCAUGAUCAUUGAUCCGCAGCUCCCGAGGGCGCUCUGGCCUAUUGGUCGCAUCACAAAGGUUAUCCCAGGUGCAGAUGGGAGGAUAAGGACAGCGGAGAUCCAGGUGAACGACAGGAAAUACAUCAGGCCAGUUGCCCGUCUUGUUCAACUUCCUGCCAUACCUGAGACAGCACCUGAGACCAACAGUCCUUCUAUGGGACAGCAAAUUUGACUGUGCAAAUUUGGGGGCGGCUGUGAAGAAGGACUUACUGUUAUGGGGAUUAGCCAAUCAGCGGCUUCGUUUCGGGGUCACAGAGAGAACACAGUUUUAGCGCUAACAGUUUUAGUUUCGUUUUGAGUUGGUUGUGAGAUUGGCCGGUAAACGCAUUGUAGAAUUUACUGAGGUGAAUAGAUGUCUUCCAUGUCAAUAUCUGUGCAUGUGUGCGUUCAGAGACAUGUGAGUACCCUGAUCUAAAUGUUUACGUAUGUGUAUUUCGGUGCCUUGGGUUGUUAAGAGUUUAUUCUGAGAUACUCUAUUGAAAUGCAGUAUGUUAGCAUAAAGUUCGCUAGCAUUAUGUUAAUGCCUAUUAAUAUUAUUUUUAUAUUAAUAUUGUGUUUAUAUGUGUUCUCACUUGACACUUUAUAGUUUUUAUCUGAGAGUAAUUAUGGUUGAGAAGUAGAGACCUAGGUUUUUUGGUUUGAUAAUAGUGAUAACUAGCAGUAUGAAGACAGUUCUUUAAGGCAAUAAGAAGAUAAUGUUUUUAUCUUGUAUUUUAUUUUGGUUAUUUGAUAUGUAUAAGCAGCUAAUGCUACUUAAAGGGAAAUGUAUAAUAAUUACAAGUUAUUACCUUUGCUAAUUGAAUCAUGUCAGCACUGUUGUUUAUUUGUAUUCUGAUAUUUUCUUUCUUUUAUUGUUUAUUGUAGAACCACACACACCUACUGUACGUACAUGAAGACAGAUAAUCCUCUGCUGAGUGUCAAUAAAACCAUCAAAGAGAUUUACAGCAUCCAAUUGCAUUCUUAUCGAUGCACCACAGUGGUCACUUGUCCCCAACUAGCUACAGUUACAGUCCUAGCUAUCAAGUCGUCAUUACAUUUUUUUUUAAACAUAUAGCAUGCACAAAUAUCAAAAUUGAACAAUAUAACCUAGAGUGGAAUUCUGUCAGAGUACUGCCAUUAUUAUUUAGCAAACAAUUUAGAGUACUUUUUAAUGUUGUAGUCUUAUUAUAAAUUAGUAACAUGAAAACAAGUUAUAUAUAUUUUUUUAAAGAAUUAAAAAAACUAAAUCUGUAU